AUGUAUAACGAGAUAGAGGGAAAUUAUGAUGACGUCGCCAUCAGCACCUUCAAGAGAGGCCUGCCGACAGAGUAUGGUUUAAGGAAAUCCCUGACUGGGAAACCGGUCACCAGCGUGCACCAACUAAUGGACCGAAUCGACAAGUACAAGAGGGUCGAAGAGGACCAGCAGACGGGUAAGGGUAAAGCGAAGGCAGUCCACGCUGUGUUCCGGGAUCCAUUACAUCAGAUCUUAGAGAAAGUUAAGAACGAGUCGUUCUUUAAAUGGCCAAAUAGGAUGGCAGGCGACCCCGCGAAACGCAACCAGAACCUAUAUUGUCAAUACCACCAGGAACCGAGGCACACCACCGAUGACUGCAGAAAUCUGAAAAACCACUUGGACCAGCUGGUCCGAGAGGGAAAGCUGAGACAUCUCUUGCAUCAUUCUGGUGGCCGACAAGAGCAGACGAGUGUCGAGGCAAGGCAAAGCACCUUAAGACCGCCUAUUGGCACGAUAAAUGUCAUUCUUACCGCUCUAGGAAGAAUCGACUCCCAUCCUUUCAGAGUGAUGUCAGUGGCCCGACUCCCCAUUGAAGCUGACGACCAUGAGUCUAAGAGGGCUAAAGGGAUGGCCUCGCCCAUGCUCGGAUUCUCGGAUAAGGAUAAAGUUGGAAUUAUCCAGGCUCACGAUGAUGCUCUAGUCGUCACACUCAGGAUUGGGGAAUAUGACAUGAAGAGGGUGCUAGUCGAUCAGGGCAGUGCUGUGGAGGUAAUGUACCUCAACCUGUACAAGAGGCUAAAGCUGAGACUCAAAGACCUGACGGCAUACGAUUCCCCUUUGGUAAGUUUCGAAGGGAAAACCAUUACUCCGAAAGGCCAGAUUAAACUGCCUAUACAAACAGGCUCGGACAUAGUGGAGGUGGACUUCAUAGUGGUGGACGCAUAUUCGCCCUACAUCGCCAUUGUAGCUAGACCUUGGCUCUAUGCCCUAGGGCCUGUCUCCUCAACCUUACACCAAAAGGUGAAGUACCCGUCGAAGGGUCGGGUCAAAGAAGUGAUAGGGGACCAAGCCAUGGCCCGGCAAUGCAUGGUGUCCUCUAUCUCGCGACGGCCAAGUGCCGAGCCCUCAACCUCUACCGAGAAUGGCUUAUAG